AUGGGUGGGAGUAGGAUUGCCCUUUCAUUUCUGCGGGUGACGAAGCAGUACCUUCCGCACGUGGCCCGCCUGUGCCUCAUCAGCACCUUCCUGGAGGAUGGCAUCCGCAUGUGGUUCCAGUGGAGCGAGCAGAGGGAUUACAUUGAUGGCACGUGGAACUGUGGCUAUUUCCUGGCCUCCAUCUUUGUGUUCAUAAAUCUCUUCGGACAGCUGAGUGGCUGUAUCCUGGUGCUGAGUAGGAACUUUGUGCAAUAUGCCUGCUUUGGACUGUUUGGAAUUAUAGCAUUACAGACUAUCGCAUACAGCAUUCUAUGGGACCUGAAGUUCUUGAUGAGGAACCUUGCCCUUGGGGGAGGCUUACUGCUGCUUUUGGCUGAGUCGCGCUCGGAGGGGAAGAGCAUGUUUGCUGGCGUCCCCACCAUGCGGGAAAGCUCUCCUAAGCAGUACAUGCAGCUGGGGGGUCGUGUGCUGCUGGUCCUCAUGUUCAUGACCUUGCUACAUUUUGAUAUGAACUUCUUUUCUAUUCUGCAGAACAUUGUGGGCACAGCCCUGAUUAUCCUGGUGGCAAUUGGCUUCAAGACUAAGCUGGCCGCCUUGACUCUAGUCAUCUGGCUCUUUGGCAUCAACAUCUACUUCAAUGCCUUCUGGACCGUCCCAGCCUACAAGCCCAUGCACGACUUCCUCAAAUACGACUUCUUCCAGACCAUGUCUGUAAUUGGGGGGCUGCUCCUCGUGGUUGCACUGGGUCCUGGCGGCGUCUCCAUGGACGAGAAGAAAAAAGAGUGGUAACAGGAAUAGCAACACUUUCUUGGGACAUAACAUAUCAAGUCCAGAACUGAUUCUCUAUGGAUUCAACAAAAACUGCCAGCAUUUUACACGUACAUGCCCCCUUCCUAUUGCAAAGGCACAGAUGUUCUGAAUUUGAUUUACAGUGGCACCAGUAACAUAAUAGAUAAAAUCCUGUUUCCUCAAGGAAUGUUGCCUAGGCUUAUUCUAACUUCCUAGAUUUGGAACUAACCCAAGGAACCUGCAUUUUGCUGACGCUUCAGUGAGUUGCAGUAGAACAGCUGCUGUCCUCCAUGGCAGCGAUGUUUUAAAAUUUGGAGUACUGUGAGCAGAUACAGCUGUAUCGUUCAGUGUGCUGUCAGGCUCUAGCUAUAACUAUAAAAGUGGAUCCCCUUUCUUGCCCUCAUCAAAACGGUCUUGUGCACAAGGAGUUCCCUUGCUGGUUAUGGCACUGCUGAGCGAGGUGGAAAGCGGCAUCAAAAAACAAGAUCCCUGUUAUUUUGCUGCUCGGAGGCCUGUAAUUCCAUUUUGUUUGACA